CAGUGACGGAGACACUGACGAGUCUCGUUGCUGGACGAGGCGGAUCUUCGGCAGUGUCCGACCACUUCGGAGUGGAGCGCAUUGUGCCGUUGCCUUGAGACGAGACAAAUAGGAAUAGAGAGAGAAAAGAAGGGGGCAAAAAUGAAAGAACAAGAGAAAGGAAAGCAGGGAAUAGGCAACCUCUGCGUCCAGCGCAACUAUUUUACCUGAAGACGAUGGUGGCAGUAAGCUACGUCCGCUGUAGUCGUAGGAUCUCUCUUGCUGUGUAGAGGUGAUCCCUAUGUCAUCCGUAUGAUCUUCUGCAACUAUUUCCCCCCGGUAAAAGAGCGGAUCAAAGUCAAUUAUAUUAAAAAAGAAGAAAUCGAAGAAAAACAAAGCAAAAAAGCAAAGCAAAAGAACGAGGGAGAGUGGGCAAAUCUCAUUAUUUUAUUGACAGUGUUGGAUUGGAAUCUCCCAUUGAUUUGCUCUCUUUCCUCCAUUCAGCGCCCGAACAAAAGUGGGGUUUUUUUUUUCUUGUCUUUCUUUUGUCUUCUUACUUGGCCUAAAAGAGAAGUUUCUACGCUCGAACCGUCUGACCCUCUUUUUACUUUUUCCUUAUUUCUUUUUGUUGGAGUUGGCUGGUCCUUCCCGAGGGCGCCGGCUUGUCUUUUUUUUUUUUUUUUUUUUCCCCUUCUUAUUAACAUCCUGUUCUUUUUGCCCUUUUUUUUAGUAAAUAAUUUUACCUCACAUCUUCCCACCCUCAGCCCCCUUCUUCCUUCUUACUUGUCUACCAUCUGGUUAUCUCUUUAUCCAUCAUCAAUUUCCUUUAUGUCACUCCUUCCGCUGGCCCUCUUGCUAACUUCUGGCCUUAUUCGCACGUCCCUCCUAACUCACUAGCCGCGCGUUUCUUGCGCUUGAAGUUAUCAAUCACCCCGCCGGAAAAAAUCCUUGAAUUUUUAUUUUUUUUUCCGGCGGCUACUAUCACAUCGG